AUUUUUAACAUACUGCACUGCCAACAUCCUCCAAUACGCCAUUCCUUUUGAGAAAUAAUUUCUUGCUUACAUCAUACCAAUGUCUCAGAGUCAUUUAGAGAUUUUCAACCCCGGGACCAAUGUUGCAGGGCUAUCCUCAUUCACCCAAAUUAUCAAAAUCUAUCUAAGGUCACACAUCAGCUAUUGUGCAAACCGUACUAAGCAUGGUAUUCAAUUUCCUUUGCUAGAACUCGGGGACAAUGAUCCACCCUACUAUCCCGUUGUCGAAGGCCACCAACUCCUCAGCAAACUUCUCAGAGUCAAUGUAGAAUCCAGAGAGGCAGUGCUAUCUUUUUAUCGGGUUCAUCUACCCUGUUGGCUAACGGGAGGAGUUUCCAAAGAUCGCCUCUGGGUUUCUGGAACGCAAGACAAGAUGGCUAUAGUUGACUUUGUCUGCGAAUUGAAGACAAAGCACGAUCCACGUAACCUAGGGGGAAGUGCACACGGUCUUCACACAAUAGAGUCAUCGGGAAUCGAACCCUCAAAAAUGCACACCUUCAAAGAAAUCAUCAAUGGACUUGAUGAAAUCUGGUUUAUUUUUAUUCAAUCAUUUCCCAUUAGUGCGGCGUCACCGAGCUUCGAUCGUAUUGGGCCUGAUCCUCGCACUGUCGAAAACGAUCUAAGCCAUCUUCACGUCCUCGAUCCAAACGAUGUGAAACCAACUGAGGAACGAUACCGCGUGCUUCUCGCUUUUAAGCCUCAUUGUAAAGGCAUAUAUAAUCUUAAGGACGCCGAGUAUUGGUUGCAGAAGGAAGACAGGAGGUGGAUGGCAAAGUCUAUUGGCAGGAUGCCUGCUUCGGAAACCCCAGGAUUUAGAGAUGAAGAUCUCGAUAAGGCUGUAAAACCGGCUUUUGGAUUUUGGCUAUUUCCUGUCGAUGCAUUCUCCGAUGAGAAUAAAUCUGCAGAGCUACAGGAACUUAGUACGAUUGUUACUUUCGAUGUUAGGAAGCAUCGGCCUGAAUUGGUGCUUCUCAGGAUAAAUGAAUAGGAGACAGGAUGGAAUAUCUCGGAAGAGGUUGAGGCUCACUAUAGGAUUGUCUUACAGCUUCGACUACUAGAUUUAGUCUAUUAGCUCAAACUCAAGGGCCAAGAGUUGCACCUGGAAUGAUAACUCCGGUCUAGUAUCUGUAAGGAUAUAUAUUAGGAGGUCUCUUAAAGCUGAAUUAACAGUCUGAUU